GACCAACCAGUGAGACUUGUCUGUGCCGCCAUGCCCGCUCUCCGAUCAGACAAGGCCGACGAGGACUCGCGGCUCUUCAUCGAGCGAUUGCUGCUGCCACCGGGGACGACGUGUUCACGGGCCGCCUCCACCGGGUUGUUCUUCUUUAUGCUGUACUGCUUCGACAGGGCCUCAGACUGUCCUUCUUGGCCCAGCAAAAACUGGAUUCUUGACCAGGUGUGGACCAGCUGGUAUAUUGCAGGGAUCUCAGUGCUUGGACUUCCAAACCAAAAAAACACACCCGCCUUUUAUGCCACGUCUUCAUGCCCCUUCUUUUCGCCCACUGCUUUCCCAGGCGGCCGGCCGAGUGACCUGCCCCGCCGAAGCCGCCGCUUCGGAGGCUGGAGCCCUUUCCCAGGCUCCGACGUUGGACGUCCCUGUUUGAGCAGGAAGACUGGGAUUCAGGUGAGUUUUACGGCCCCGGUUUAUGCAGAAGAUGGCUACCUUUCACCUCCGACCAACUCCUGUUCUGAGCAGAGUGAAGCUCGUCUCGCCGAAAGGUCCGAGAUGCCAAGUUGAAUUGCGAACCACGUAGGUUUGGCCAAUGGAGCUGCUUUACUCAUUGGAUACAAGCUCCAACCUGAUCCAAACUUAUCCGACCUUGGCAAGAUUCACACGAGGGCAUACGAGGGUUA